UGACGUCAUGACAAGUAGAUGGCCUGUGACAUUGUGUUUAAUGGUGUACAUGAUGUCAGUACGAGCUGAAAAUCGACUAAAGGGACCAUACAGAACUACGAUGGUGUCAUUUACCAAAUGUUCUAAAACUAGCCUACCGCCUAUGACCAGAAACCCUGCAUUUGUGUCCCAAGUAGGCUUCGUCAAUACUACCAAGAAAAACAAUGUAUUGAUUGGAAAUAUCACGGUUUUGAGAAGUAUUAGAAAUAUAACGGCCACAGCAGGAGCAUACAAAUGGGAGGAUGGUAAAUGGAUACCACAUAUAAAAUUUCCGACUUUGUCGUGCGAAACCCCUGUCAUUACAACGGUGACAGCCAUAAUGACUAAUGUCAAGUUUGAUUUAACGGAAUGCAUCAUCCUGAAGGGAUCUUACCAUGUGGAGUUCGACAUCAAUGUGGCAGACCACAUUUGGCUUCCUGAAAGAGAGUAUGGGCGAGUGCGAUGGAAAAUUGAAUUUAACGUCAAGAAAUACACAAUCGGCUGUUUCUGCGCCGACACUGUAGUUGAGCCGAUAAAUAAUUAGCUC